AUGCACUCUCUCCCUAAGUUGUUUCUAGCGGCUUUCUCAUUUACCGUCCUGGUUGAUGGUAGCCAUCACUGGUACUCGCAUCAUUACCGCACUGCUGCUCACAGACAACUUAUCGGCAAAACCUACAUGAUACAAGACUUUUAUCGAGGAGAAGAUUUCUUCAAGGACGUAUCACCUAUCUAUGACUGGAUUUUCGCCAUUGGCUCGGACCCCACUGGUGGAAAUGUCAUCUACCAAGGCCAGUCGGAUGCGCAGUCUAAGAGACUUGCGUAUGUCGAUGAUUGCGACAACUCGUUUAUCCUUGCAGUUGAUUCAACCAGCACUGUUGCUGCCGGCGGUCAGCGUGCCUCUGUUCGUAUCACAUCUCAGAAGAGUUACAAUGGCGGUCUCUUCAUCUUUGACGCUUCCUACAUGCCUGUAGGUUGUUCUACGUGGCCUAGUUUCUGGACCGUUGGACCACACUGGCCCAUGGCAGGUGAAAUCGACAUUGUCGAGGGUGUGAAUAAUCAGGGCACAAAUCAGAUGACGCUUCAUACCGGCACGAACCAAACUUGCACUAACGAAAUAACAAAUAGUACCCAUCAGUUUUCAGGCAAAAUCGUAGCAACCGACUGUUUCAGUACCACACACGCGGACUCAGGCUGCAGCAUCGAGGACACAGACACAAGCUCUUUUGCGUAUGGUUUCAACAAUGCAGAGGGUGGUGUCUUUGCACUUUUGUGGGACAAUUCCGCUGGCAUGUCAAUAUGGCAUUUCGCUCGGGCCAAUAUCCCUGCGGAUCUCAUAGCCCAAACGCCCAGGCCUUCUACAUGGGGCAUACCAGCCGGAUUUUGGUCUUCACAAACCUGCGACAUCACGACCAACUUCUACGAGCACCAGAUGGUCAUUGACACUACUAUCUGCGGCAAUUGGGCAGGUGGUCGUAUCUACACCCAAUCCGGAUGCCCAGGAACGUGUUCAGAUAUGGUCGCCAAUGCUACUAACUACGUUGAUGCCAAGUGGGUCAUUAAUUACGUCGCCGUCUACCAGUAGCAUUUGCCUCAAUCCCUCAUCUCAUCUACAUCUGUAAGCAUGUUCAGCUCCUGUCGACAACGAAGCAGACUGAUUCGUUGCACGCUGCUGC